GAAGGGAAAGCGACACUAUGGGCGAGCUUGAUGUACCCGAUGAUAAGUUGUAUGGUUGCCAGACCGUUCGAUCACUUAUGAACUUCCCCAUUGGAGGAAUAUCUGAGAGGAUGCCCGUAAGUACACAACGUGGUCAAUGACGGAAAUGAGGCUCCCUUAAUAAUUGUAGUACCGUAACUUAGGGUAUAUAUACAACUUGAUGAAUUUGCCACGGUCCACAGUGAAGUCAUUGUUAGGGCAUCAAAUAAUCAUAUAUUCACAUAUAGGAAGUAUUUUAGUGUGUUUUACAUUACACAAAUCAUUUCAUUUUUAGUAUCCUGUAAUUGUCGCUUUUGGAAUACUGAAGAGAGCAGCUGCUAAAGUCAACAUCGAAUAUGGCCUUGAUCCAAAGAUUGGUAUGUGUAUUUUGCGUAGUAUAUUAAUUACUCUAUAUUAUGGUCUAUAUCGUUAUAUAAGUUCACCUUUUAGCUGCAGCGAUUAUGAAGGCAUGUGACGACGUAAUUUCGGGCAAACUGUAUAAUGAAGGUCACUUUCCACUUGUCAUUUGGCAGACGGGCUCUGGAACUCAGUCUAACAUGAACACUAAUGAGGUCAUUGCUAAUCGCGCCAUACAAAUAUUGGGGGGCAAACUCGGAAGUAAGAAACCCGUCCAUCCAAACGAUCACGUGAACAAGUCCCAAAGUUCUAACGACACCUAUCCUACAGCUAUGCACAUAGCUGUUGCUAUGGAGAUCAGAGACACUUUGAUGCCAGGACUUGUAGCUUUGAGGGAUACUCUCGAAUUAAAACGAAAAGACUUCGAUAAGAUCAUCAAAAUCGGCAGAACUCAUUUGAUGGAUGCCGUGCCCUUGACUUUGGGACAAGAGUUUGGCGCGUACGCGUCUCAAAUGAGAUAUGCUAUCGAGAGAAUAUGCUCGACUUUGCCUCGUCUUUACUACUUGGCAUUGGGUGGUACUGCUGUAGGUACUGGCCUCAACACACGUAUUGGAUUUGCAGAGAAGUGUGCAGCGGAAAUCUCCAAACUAACUGAUCUACCUUUUGAGUCUGCCCCAGAUAAGUUUGAAGCUCUAGCUUGUCACGACGCGAUGGUAGAAGUACAUGGGGCUCUGAAUGUGAUGGCUUGUUCGCUGAUGAAGAUAGCGAACGACAUCCGUCUUCUUGCGUCUGGUCCACGUUGUGGCCUGGCGGAAAUCAUGCUGCCUGAGAACGAGCCUGGAUCAUCGAUCAUGCCUGGCAAAGUGAAUCCUACCCAGUGUGAGGCAAUUACAAUGGUUGCAGCGCAGGUGAUGGGCAACCAUGUGGCCUGCACAGUGGGCGGAAGCAACGGCCAUUUCGAACUGAAUGUGUUUAAACCGAUGAUAGUUGCUAACGUUCUAAAGUCUAUUAGGCUGAUUGGAGACGCAUGUCUCACUUUCAACAAGAAUUGUGUGGUGGGAAUCAAAGCGAACGAAGAAAAAAUAAAUAAGAUUAUGCAAGAGUCGCUUAUGUUGGUCACUGCCCUGAACCCGCACAUUGGUUACGAUAAGGCUGCGAAAAUCGCAAAGACUGCGCACAAGGAGGGCGGCACAUUGAAGGGCACAGCUAUCAAACUAGGCAUCCUCACCGCCGAACAGUUCGACCAGUGGGUCAAGCCUGAAAACAUGCUAGGGCCCAAGUAAUCAAUAUAGGUAUUUGGGCUUUAGCGGCGGCAGUGCAGUUAUCUUGUGAACUGUACGGUGUACAAAAAUCUAACGAUAUGCAGUGGCUUAUAAAAAAAUGUUUGCUUAUAUAUGAAAAUUAUCUGUUACUAGUCGAGAA